CGACAAAUGGGUCACAUGGGCGAGCCACUGUGUUGAGAACAUUUAGUUCUCUUGAAUAACCCGCAGUGAAACACAACAAGAGGGAGUUCUUUCGCUUCGUCGGCGCACCGCAAACACCUCUCCGUCAGACUCAGGACGACUCGCCGUUCCUCCUCCGCUCUCCGCUCCGGCUCUUUCCACUGCUGACGCCCGCUGUUGGAGCUGCAGCCCCGCCGCUGCGUUGGGUUGGAUCUCCGGACCGCUGUCGAGCUCCAUCAGUCGCCGUUCCCCGUCACGGAGUUUGGAUCCAGUUUGCUGGGUGGAGGUUUCUGUUCGCGGCUCAGAGAUGCCUGAUGACAUCGGGACCGCCAAGCCUGCGGGAGUCAUCGCCUACAUUUCCUCGGGGUCGGGCUCCCCCUCGGACUCCUGCCUGAGCAGCAGCCCCAGCAGCGGGUUCUCGUCGCCCGCUCUGUCGCGGCCCUCGCUGCCCAGCCGCGCCGUGGGCAUGGUGGUGGACAUCGCCCCGCCGGCCAAGCGCAGCCCGGCUGCAGAGAAAACCGGCCGCGCCUCCGCGUCGGCCAAGAGCAGCAUCACGAAAAUCAACGGCAUGGUGCUGCUGUGUAAGGUGUGCGGCGACAUGGCCUCGGGGUUCCACUACGGCGUCCACGCCUGCGAGGGCUGCAAGGGCUUCUUCAGGAGGAGCAUCCAGCAGAACAUUCAGUACAAGAAGUGUCUGAAGAUGGAGAACUGCACCAUCAUGAGGAUAAACCGCAACCGCUGCCAGCAGUGUCGCUUCAAGAAGUGCCUGGCCGUGGGCAUGUCCAGAGACGCUGUGAGGUUCGGCCGCAUCCCCAAGAGGGAGAAGCAGAGGAUGCUGCUGGAGAUGCAGAACGCCAUGAACAACAUGAUGAGCAAAAACAGCCAGCUGCACAGCAUGCUGCACGGACAGCAGAGCCCGCCGCUGCCCAUGGAGGCCAGCGACACCCGCUCCUCCUCCUCCUCGUCUGCCUCCGACUCGCCGUCCUGUUCCAACCCCCCCUCCCCGCAGUGCCCGCAGGACUCGGAGUCUGUGGUUUCCAUGGACACCAACUCCAGCUCCUCCUGCGGGUCGGACAGCAGCGAGGACGAGGGCGCCCUCAACAACAGGCAGCGCCAGGACGGCUUCGGCCAGCAGAGGUCGGAAGGCGGGCCUUCGCCCUCUGCCAACGCCGCCGGCGCCCCGGAAACGGCUCACAACAGCCGCAUGGAGGAGCAGCAGGAGAGCUGGAACAGCUGGAACGGAAACACAGCUGUGACGGGGUACCAGGGCUGUCCGUACAGCGGCUGCCACGCCACCAACUCGGCCUACAGGGAAGAGCAUCAGCUCGGCGGCGCCCCUGGCGGCGAGACACGGGCCUGCAGGCAGCCGGACCCUCACACACAGACCUCGGCUGCUAACAGAGCGUACCUGGUUUGUCCGAUGAACACGUCGCCGUACGUGGACCCCGGCAAGCCCAGCCAGGAGAUCUGGGAGGAGUUCUCCAUGAGCUUCACUCCGGCCGUCAGGGAGGUGGUCGAGUUUGCCAAAAGGAUCCCGGGCUUCCGUGACCUCAGCGAGCACGACCAAGUCAGCCUGCUGAAGGCCGGGACGUUUGAGGUCCUGAUGGUCCGCUUCGCCUCUCUGUUCAACAUGUCUGAGCGAACCGUCACCUUCCUGAGCGGCAGGCGCUACAGCAUCGACACGCUGCGCUCUCUCGGCGCCGGCGAGCUCCUCAACUCCAUGUGCGAGUUCAGCGAGAAGCUGGCGGCUCUGCGGCUGGACCCGGACGAGAUGAGCCUCUUCACCGCCGUGGUGCUCGUCUCAGCCGAUCGGUCGGGGAUCCAGGACCUGGACUCGGUGGAGGCGCUGCAGGACAAGCUGAUUCGGGCGCUGCGGAACCUGGUGAUGCAGAACCACGGCGAGGAGUCGGCCACCACCUUCACCAAACUGCUGCUGAAACUUCCCGAGCUGCGCUCGCUCAACAACAUGCACUCAGAGGAGCUGCUGUCCUUCAAGGUGCACCCAUAAAGACUUCCUACCGGGGCCCCCGGAGCCUCCUUCCAACCUUCACCAGGACCUGCCUCUCGCCCCGCCCGCCCCUCGUGUUUGACCAACCCCCCUCCUGUCCAGAAUGGAUGAAGUCGUGUUUUUUUACUCUGCUGCGGCAGACCGGCCCGCCGCGGCCCCCGGCGUGUGCUGUAUCUAUAGACUUAGCUUUGCUUGUUGCACACAAACACACGAGUGUUGGGCGGAUCGUUUUUUCUGUCGCCGAGACGGAGACGAGAACUUCAGCGGCUUUGAGGAACAACAGAACAAGAAUUGGAUUUUUACAGAAGAGCCGAUAAUUCCAAAGUGAAGAGCGGACGAACGCGCGCCUCGCCCAAGCCGAGGAUGAAUGUGACGCAGGCUGACCGUGCAUGACUGUACCUCAGCGGGAUCCGGGCGCGCUCCCCCGCAGAAAGCAUGACUACACUGUGUUGCUGUACAAAGUGUUGUUGGUUUGGUUCCAUUGUUGUGCUCGUGUUGUUGGGAGAGGCCGGCACGCCGUCGGCUCUGGGUUUUUUUUUCUUCUUCCUCAAACAUUUGAUGACACCUGUUAACAGAAACAAACACUACGUUUGCACACGUUCUGGAGCGGAAAAAGCAAGAAACACAAAGUCCUUGAACUGUGCGAAUCCACACGGACAUUUUUUUAAACACAGACAGUCUUUCCCCCCCCCCAGUUUUUGUUUUUUUAAACUAAUCUGACUGUUUUCAGCUCAGCACUGAAUCUGACGCCUGUUUCUGUUGUCGACUGGCUUCUCCUCCUGGCAGCACUGCCAUAUGUAAAUAGCAUAUAAAUCUAUAUAUAUAUGUGAUAUAAAUAUAUAUAUGAAUCUGAUGGACAUAGAGAACUAUAAAAUAGUGUGAAUAAAAAGUGAAGAGUA